UUUCUAAGCCAACUAACAACAACACGACACAACACCUUCUGUGUCUCUCCCUUUCGCUCUGUUUUUCUCUUUCUAAAAAACGCAGCGGUGAGCGACCGGCGAGAAACCAAAUCUCGCCGGAAUUUCGCUCUCUUGAUCGCCGGAAAUUUCAUUUCCUUUUUCUUUUCACCUCUCCGGAAUCAAGCUGCCCCAAAGAGAGCGGAUAUAUAUAUAUAUAUUUGAAUUUCGGGUAUGAUUUUGUAAUCAUGUUUUUGUAGAAGAAAACAAAGAGAAAAAGGAGAACAAAGAUCUUCUCUCUCUUUUGCAUCAAUACGUAAUAAAGGUUGCUGACAGAAUUUUCAGGAUUUUGAUUCAAAAGGAUAUGGCGAUUAAAUGGAGCCUUGAGUGAUAAAUUUUGAGCUUUUAGUUUUUGAGAUUUUCUGGUGUUGAAGCUGUACAAUGCCAUCUGAGAUCAUGGAUCAAAAGAAUGCAUCGGCAUCAUCCCAUUUUUCGGAAGACGUUUGUUUCCCAGCUGAGAGACAAAUUGGAUUUUGGAAGCCAAAUGCCAUGUCUGAUAACCAAGACAAGAUGGUUCCGUCAUCUCCACCAAAUCUGGGUAGAGAUCAAGAAGAAAAGUUCGACACCAGUUGGAAUGGAAUUGCCAACUUAUCUGAGCCGUCAUGGAAUUCUGUGAAUCAUCAUCCAAUAUCGCUGUCAAAUCUGCAUAUGCAACCUGUGGUGAACUUUAAUAGAAACAGUGGCAACGCCAAUGUGAUCCAGCAUGAAAGUAGUCUGUUUUCAAGUUCGUUGUCUGAAAUAUUUAGUAGAAAAUUGAGAUUAUUAGGGAAUGAUCUACCUUCUCAACAUGCUGGUAUAGCUGCUUCACACCGUGAGGAAGAAUCUUUCAAAUCUAUGAAGGAAAUUGAGGCACAAACUAUUGGAAAUCUCCUCCCUGACGAAGAUGAUCUCUUCUCUGGAGUGAUUGAUGAAUUGGGACUUAAUACUCAUGCCAGUAAAGGGGAUGAGUUAGAAGAUUUUGACCUAUUCAGCAGUGGUGGAGGAAUGGAACUAGAAGGGGAUGAUCAUGUAUCCAUCAGUCAAAGGAACCCAGAUCUCAUCGGAGUACUCAAUGGUCAAGGGGGUCCCAAUGGCUCGAUUGUUGGUGAACAUCCGUAUGGUGAACUUCCUUCUAGAACACUUUUUGUAAGGAACAUCAAUAGCAAUGUUGAAGACUCAGAGUUAAAGACUCUUUUUGAGCAAUAUGGAGAUAUCCGAACUCUUUAUACUGCCUGCAAACACCGUGGGUUUGUUAUGAUCUCUUAUUAUGAUAUAAGGGCAGCCAGAAAUGCAAUGAGGGCUCUGCAAAACAAACCAUUGAGGCGUAGGGAACUUGAUAUACAUUAUUCAAUUCCAAAGGACAAUGCAUCUGAAAAAGAUGUAGAUCAAGGGGCAGUGGUGGUUUACAAAGUUGAUUCCUUUGUUUCAACUGAUGAGCUUCAACGGGUGUUUGGUGCUUUUGGGGAAAUUAAAGAAAUAAGGGAGGUUCCAAACAAGCAUAAUCACAAAGUCAUUGAGUUUUAUGAUGUUAGAGCCGCAGAAGCUGCCCUUAAUGCUCUGAAUAGGAGUAACAGUGCUGGGAAACAGAUCAAACUUGAACCAAGCCGUCCAGGGGGUCUUAGGCGCUUUAUUCAGCCUGAGCAGGAACAAGAUGAACCAAAUAUAUGUGGAAGUCCUUUUGAUGAGUUAUCAGGGCAUAUUGGAGUAAUUGCAUCUGGUGGCAUGGAGAAUGCAUCUAACCAGGUGUUACAUUCAGUUAUCCAGUCACCUGUUAAUACAUUUGUUGAACCUCAUCGGAGUUCUACGGUUCCUAUUAACUUAGCCUCUCCAGCAAGAGUGGCACCUAUAGGCCAAAAAUUAAGUCUUCGGGAGCCCAACCACUCUAUGGAUGAAAUGAAAUAUGCUAACCAUGGGAUACCAAGUUUCCAUCCUCAUUCCUUACCCGAGUACCAUGAUAGCUUAGCCAAUGGUAUUGCAUUCAACUCCCCAAGCACCAUAACAAACAUGGCUAGUAGCGCCAGUUCCAUGAUGGCUGAAGGACUUGACAAUAGGCAUGUACGGGGAGCAAGUUCAAACGGGCACCUAAUUGAACCUACUGCUGGGGUUUUUGGGUCAUCUGGAAAUGGAAGCUUGCCGGUUAAUGGAAAUAGUUACAUGUGGAAGACCAACAACUCACACCAGCAACAUCCAUCAAGUGCCAUGGUUUGGCCAAAUUCGCCAUCAUUUGUCAAUGGUGUUCAUGCUUAUCGCCUUCCGCACAUGCCUGCAUUUCCUAGGGCUCCCCCUGUAAUGUUCAAUGUAGGAUCACCUGUACACCACCAUAUUGGCUCAGCACCACCUAAUUCUGCACUCUGGGACAGGCGGCAUCAUUUUGCUGGGGAGUCUCCUGAAACUUCAGGUUUUCACCUAGGAUCUCUUGGAAGUGUGGGUUUUCCUGGUAGUUCGCCAUCACAUCCUGUUGAAAUUGCUUCCCACAACAUUUUUUCUCAUGUUGGUGGCAUGGAUUUGAUGAAAAAUGGUGGGGUACACUCUCCUCAGCAGAUGUCCCACCUUUACCCUGGCAGGAACCCUAUGAUUUCAAUGCCGACAUCUCUUGAUUCUCCUAAUGAACGUGUUAGAAGCUUCUCACACCGUAGAAAUGAACUGAAUUCUAGUAAUGCUGAUAAGAAACAAUAUGAACUUGACAUUGACCGCAUCAUACGUGGGGAUGACAGCAGAACAACACUUAUGAUUAAAAACAUACCCAACAAGUACACUUCAAAGAUGCUUCUGGCAGCCAUUGAUGAACAUUGUCGAGGAACUUAUGAUUUUAUUUAUUUGCCAAUUGACUUCAAGAACAAAUGCAAUGUGGGCUAUGCGUUCAUCAACAUGAUUGAUCCGCAACAGAUUAUUCCUUUCCAUAAGGCAUUUGAUGGCAAAAAAUGGGAGAAGUUCAACAGUGAAAAGGUGGCGACUCUUGCUUAUGCUAGGAUCCAAGGAAAGGCUGCUCUUAUUGCUCAUUUCCAGAAUUCAAGCUUAAUGAAUGAGGAUAAACGUUGCCGCCCUAUUCUCUUUCAUACUGAUGGCCCAAAUGCCGGUGAUCAGGAGCCCUUUCCUAUGGGUACCAAUAUUCGAUCAAGGCCAGGGAGACCUCGAACAUCUGGCACUGAGGAGAACCACCGCCAAAGUAGUUCUUCAACUUUAGCUAACGGGGAGGAAUAUUCCAAUGGGGCAGAAUCAUUGGGUUCUUCGAAGGAUUCUGAUUGAGCAGUCUGCUUAUCCAGCUCUAACUUUAAAAAACCCUUUCAGAGUACUGAAACUUUUAUCUACCCGACUCUGUAUUUGAGGGUGGCUUGAUGACUUCUUUUUUUCCUUUUUGCUAUAGAGAAGCAGUUUUGUGAACCAAGAUGCAUGACCCAAACUAAGUGGUAAUUUUGUCAUUCUAUCGAAAGCCCGUUUAUGGGGGCUUCAAAUUUUGCGUAGUCUUUGACUGAAGUGUAUCAUGAUAUAUGGAAAUUCCUUGGCUUAUGCAUGACUUGAGGGGGAUCCAUUCUUUUUGUAUCAGUUUUGUAUGUGAUCUCAUUUUUGUCCCCAAGGUUUCGGAAUCCCUAUGGGUCGUGCUUUCGGUCUAAGGUGGGGGUGAUAUUGUUCUAAGAGAGAGAAAAGAGACAACAUAUCUAAGUAUUAUAGUUGUGGAAUUUUGAACCUCUCGUUUAUUUUUAUUAAUGACAUUACAUUCUUCUUUCUUGUUUUGCCUUUUA